CGGAGAGCGGACGCAGGCUCCUUGAUGGCUUGAUAUCAGAGCAGGAGGGUUUUCUUUUAAUAACCAGAAAAGGAAGGAAGGAAGGAAAACUUGGAGGAACAGCCUGGACGAGAAACAGAGAGGACCCUGAAAUCACAAGAUUUAAAAGGUUUCCUCCUAUCCAAGAGGCAAAAUGAGCUGGAGCUUCCUCACACGUCUGUUGGAUGAGAUUUCCAAUCACUCUACCUUUGUGGGCAAAAUCUGGCUCACCCUCCUUAUUGUCUUCCGCAUCGUGCUGACGGCUGUCGGGGGCGAGUCGAUCUACUACGAUGAACAGAGUAAAUUUGUGUGCAACACAGGGCAGCCCGGUUGUGAGAAUGUGUGCUACGAUGCAUUUGCGCCGCUGUCACACAUCCGCUUCUGGGUCUUCCAGGUGAUUAUGAUCACCACCCCCACCAUCAUGUACCUUGGCUUUGCCAUGCAUAAGAUCGCCCGCAUGGAUGACAGUGACUACCGGCCCCGGAAUAAAAAGCGGAUGCCGAUUGUGAGCCGCGGCGCCAACCGGGACUACGAGGAGGCUGAGGAUAACGGGGAGGAGGACCCCAUGAUCCUGGAAGAGAUUGAGCCAGAGAAGGAAAAGGAUGUUGUGGAGAAGCCCAGCAAAAAGCAUGAUGGACGCCGUCGCAUCAAGCGAGACGGCCUCAUGAAGGUGUACGUGUUUCAGCUAAUGUCACGUGCCAUCUUUGAGGCCUCAUUCCUGUUUGGACAGUACGUCCUUUAUGGGCUGGAUGUGAAACCAUCGUAUGUCUGCUCGCGAUCACCUUGCCCGCACACAGUGGAUUGCUUCGUCUCGCGCCCCACCGAGAAAACGAUCUUCCUCCUCAUCAUGUAUGCCGUCAGUGCUUUGUGUCUUCUCUUUACAAUGCUGGAGAUCCUUCACCUUGGCUACAGCGGUAUUCGUGACUGCUUUUGCGCGCCACGGCCACGACCUCGGCCUCCCACCCCCCGACAUCCAGCUCUGGCCAGCCAGAGAUCCUCCAUCUGCCGCCAGCCGUCUGCACCUCCAGGCUACAACACAGCUCUGAAGAAGGACCCAACAGGAAAAAUGGGCUUCAGAGAUAACUUGGCAGACUCGGGCCGCGAGUCAUUCGGGGACGAGGCUUCAUCAAGAGAGCUGGAGAGGCUGCGUAGACACCUAAAACUAGCCCAGCAACAUCUGGAUAUGGCUUACCAGAAUGAGGAGGGCAGCCCGUCGCGCAGCAGCAGCCCAGAGUCCAAUGGCACUGCAGUGGAGCAGAACAGACUAAACUUUGCCCAAGAGAAGCAGAGCAGUACAUGUGAGAAAGGUCUCCGCGCAUAGGUUCUCAUCAGUCCAGCUGACACUGUAGAUCAAAGUUCACAUCAGGAGCAGUGAGCGGACACAAGGGAAUCAAACAGGGAGUGGUGUGUAUGCGUCAUGAACUUGCUUGAGGUGGAUGAAGUCAUCCCAAGCCUUUCAGUGUUACGGCCAGCCGCGGUCGAACAUCAAAGUCAAAGGAAAAGGAGAAUGGUCGUCUCAACCCAGCAAUACUUGAGACACCAGCCUGUCUGAAGAUCCAAAGUGCUUACAAACUGCCGUUGUGCAACAGUAACCGUUAACAUGUACUUCUCCCUCAGGGCAGCUAUUCUUUUUUCAUAUUUUUAUUACGAGACUUAGAAUUAUUAGUCAUUUUUAAGAGUUUGUCCUCUGUUGGAAGUUCACAGUGAAUGCAUCUCAAGUUUGCCUUAGACCGAAAACUGGAACUCUUUUUAUGGCAUUGUGUUUGUUAAAGUAAGGCCAAGCCAGUGGUAGUGCAAAAAAAAAAAGUUUAAACUGUAAGUUUGUAUUUCGUGAGUAAGUGAAUCAGUGAGUGAGUGCUUGUAGAUGCAAACAAAAAGGUUAAAGGACAAGGCAACACUUAUAAAAGAAAGGUACUGGAGUAAUUGUCAUGCUGAUGAAGACUUCUUGAGUUUUCUAAUUUUCAUACAAAGGCUUACUUUUAAAGUGUGUCAUUUAUUAUUUUAUUUUGUUUAAUGUUGGCACAGCACCAGUCAGCAUUCUCCAGUCUGGUGCCAGGUAUGGAAACUGGAACACACUUGGGGAGCCUUUGUCCAAAGGAAUAAACAAACCUGGGUAAUGCUUGAAAAACAUGUAACUCUUGAUAUUUGUCUUGUAUUGUUCAAACUUGUAUUUGAUACUGUUCUUUUUAUUUUAUUCGUUUUAUGUAUUGUUGUAUUGAAAAGAGGCUCUUGUCACUGUGGCAAACUUGUUUUCCUCCUAUUUUUUUUUUUUUUUUCAAAGAAUGACAUCCACUGCUGUCUUAGCUCCCAAAGCCUAAUUAAAUUCAUGGACUGACGCAUUCUGAAAAUAGUUUGGUACAAUUUGAGUUCUCAAGUGCUACAGUUUCACUUUAAAAUGUUACUAUUUUUUGUUAAUACUAUAUAACUUGCAGCUUAUUUUACUAGGUACACAUUGUCCUCAAGCAGCAAAUGUUUCUUUAUCAUUCAGUGCAGAUACAGAUUGAUUUGUAUCUGUUGGUUAAAUAAGGGAUAACUGUGUGUCAUGUUCAAUGUCUUGUAAGUGCUGAUAUCUGGAUAGGUGUGAUCGCUGCUCCAGAGUCCGAAUGAGGGUUGUAAACCAUGUAAUCAUUUCAAUGUGAAUUCAAAUGCCUUGAAUGCGCUCUAUUAAGAUGCCGUCUUUUGUAUUCCGAAUCAUACCCACAGUGCCAACUCAAAUAUUGUCAUCUCAUUAUUUUUGAGCAAUGCUUUUUGUACUUUUAUACUUUUUGUAUUGAUAGUACUUUGUGGUUAGUUUUUGAAAUAAA